AUGGCUUCGACAUCUUCAACUCCUAUUCCCUCAAUAAUAAGCUAUGAUUACAAUGACCAAUCUCAAUCUAAUAUGACAAAAUUUUUAAUUCAUUAUAAUGAACUAUCGACCGUCAUUUAUUUACCCAAUGAUAUUAGUCUGGAAAAUUUUCUUACUAAUAUUCGUUCCAUUUGUCAAUUUCCAUCAUCUUAUAAUAUUUUCACUAUCAAAUGGUUAGAUGAAGCAUUGGAUGCGAUCACUAUAACAACACAAAAAGAACUAUUUACUGCUAUCCGAUUAUAUCAUAAAAAUAAUGAUAAAGAAUUACAUAUACAUGUGUUUAAUACAAAGCCGGAUGAACCGGGACUGUUAUGCACUGGAGAAGAUCGAAUUAUCUAUAGACGAGGAGCUAGAAGAUGGCGAAAAUUAUAUCUAAUUAAUGGACAUCGAUAUCAAGCUAAACGAUUUAGCACAACAGCGUCGUGUACAGUAUGUAAUGAUCGAUUAUGGGGUCUAGGAAGACAAGGCUACAAAUGUCUUGAUUGUCGUGUACUUGUUCAUAAACGUUGUGUCAAACAAUUACGUAUCGUUUGUGGUUUAUCAACAUCGGUCUCUCCUCAGCCGCUACAACAAAAAACUAAUAUUGAUAAUACAAAUAAACAAAAUGUUGAUAGCAGUCGGCAAAAUCGAAAAACACCCACAACUGCUGAAAAUCAACAUCAGCAAAAUGGAUUUUAUUCACAUCAUCAUCAACUACAACAGCCACAGGAUAAAAUUGGUCGACAUCGUCUAGUCGAAGCUAGUGGUAUGAAUGCAAGAGAUCCAAUGGUUAAACAAAAAAUGUUAACGGUUAAUGAACCAGGAUCACUAAAGCGAUUUCCAGAUCAGCAAUUAUCAUCAAGCAUUGUCGAUGGUUCAUCUCCUUAUCCAAGAAAUGAAAUGCUCACAGAUGAUCGAAAUUCGAAUUAUAUCGAUGACUCGUCAUCAUCUACAAUCAGUUUACAAGAUUUUGAAUUAUUGAAAGUAAUUGGUCGUGGUUCGUAUGCUAAAGUGUUUUUAGCUGAGUAUCGACCAAAACAUCGUAUGACAUCGACAACGGCGAACGGCUAUAAUCAAAAUCAGCAAUCACGUUUAUAUGCUAUGAAAGUGAUUAAAAAGUCCAUUGUGAAUGAUGAUGAAGAUAUUGAUUGGAUUCAAUGUGAAAAAAAUGUUUUUGAAAAAGCCACAAAUCAUCCAUUUCUAGUUGGAUUACAUUCGUGUUUUCAAACACCAUCACGAUUAUUUUUUGUGAUUGAAUUUGUGACGGGAGGAGAUCUGAUGUAUCAUAUGCAACGACAACGCAAAUUACCAGAAGCACACGCGAGGUUUUAUGCAGCAGAAAUCACGGUUGGUUUACAUUUUUUACAUGAACAUGGUGUUAUCUAUCGUGAUUUGAAAUUAGACAAUGUUUUGUUGGAUGCUGAGGGACAUAUUAAAUUGACGGACUAUGGCAUGUGUAAACAAGAUCUACUAAAUGGCGAGAAAACAUCGACAUUUUGUGGAACACCAAAUUAUAUUGCGCCAGAAAUGUUGAAAAACUUAGAUUAUGAUUUUUCAGUUGAUUGGUGGGCACUGGGUGUUUUAAUGUUUGAAAUGAUGGCUGGUCGUAGUCCAUUUGAAAUGGUUGGUUCAGCUGAAAGUCCGGAUUUAAAUACAGAAGAUCGUUUAUUUCAAGUUAUUCUUCAACAACCAAUUCGUAUACCUCGUUCAUUAACUGUUCGUGCAAAACAAGUUCUCGAAGGUUUUUUGAACAAAAAUCCAAAAGAACGUUUGGGUUGUCGUGGUCCAACAUGUCAUGAAGGAUUUGAUGAUAUUCGAAUACAUCCUUUUUUUAAUCAAAUUAAUUGGGUAAAACUUGAAUCAAAACAAAUUAUCCCACCUUAUAAACCAAUAGUUGCCAAUGAACAUGAUCUAUCACAUUUUGAUCCACAAUUUACAAAUGAAGACGUUGUACUCACUCCAGAAGAUGAUGAAGCUUUGGCGAAAAUAAAUCAAAGUGAAUUUGAAGGUUUUGAAUAUGUUAACCCAUUAAUAAUGACUGUUGAAGAAAAUGUAUAG